AUGUGAGCGAACUGGAAACAGGAUGAUUUGUCAUUGUCAUUGUUAAUGUUGGUUUUUUUCUUUGUUUUUCUAGGAUCUAGUUCAGGAUCAAAAUUAAAAGUUCCUGAGCUGAGUAUAAAUGGCGCACAGCAUGUUGUUCAAGCAGGCCAGACUUUAAAUCUCACCUGCAGGGGGGAAAUGGUUCAUUCAUGGUCUUUGCCUGAAACUCUAAGUAAGGAUAGCGAAAGGCUGAAAGUAAUUAAAUAUGCCUGUGGAAGGAAUGGGAAGCAGUCCUGCAGCAGUCUGACCUUGAGCAGAACUCAAGCAAGUGACACUGGAAACUAUAGCUGCAAAUACCCAACAAGUCCGGCAAAAAAGAAGAAGGAAUCUACAGUCUAUGUAUUUAUUAACGAUACAGGCAAUCCAUUUGUAGAGAUGCACAGUGAUAUACCUAAAAUAAUACACAUGACUGUGGGAAGAGAAAUGAUUGUUCCAUGCAGAGUCACAGCACCAAACAUUGCUGUUACUUUAAAAAAGAUUCCACGAGAAACCCUAAUUCCUGAUGGCAAGACAAUAAUCUGGGACAGCAUGAAAGGCUUCAGAAUACCUAAGGCAACCUACAAAUUCAUAGGGCUCCUGAGCUGUGAGACAACCGUCAGUGGACACAAGUAUAGCACGAAGUACCUAACGCACCGAGAAACCAACACAAUUUUUGAUGUUCAGUUAAGCACCCCACGUCUUGUCAAGUUGCUGAAAGGAGACAGCCUGGCAAUUAACUGCACUGUCACUGCAGCCUGGAACACCAGAGUGCAGAUGACUUGGACUUAUCCUGGACAGGCAAGGAAGAGAGGUUCUGUAACGCAGCGGAUUGACCAGAAGAAUACAGAAGCCAAUAUUUUUUAUAGUAUCCUUGUUGUUGACAAAGUGCGUGAUAUUGAUAAAGGCCAGUAUACCUGCCACGUGAAGAGUGGGCCAUCAAUCAAAGCUGUUAACACAACCGUCAUUGUUUAUGAUAAAAUGUUCAUUAAUUUGAGACGUCGAAGAAAAACUGCACUGGAGGCUGUAGCUGGAAGAAAAUCCUAUCGUUUGUCAAUGAAAGUGAAGGCGUUUCCCUCUCCAGAGGUUAUAUGGUUAAAAGAUGGGCUACCUGCUGCUGAAAAGUGUGCCCGGUACAUGGUUAAAGACUACUCAUUAAUCAUCAAGGAUGUUGCUGAGGAAGAUGCUGGAAACUACACGAUAAUACUGAGCAUAAGACAGUCAAACUUGUCUAAGAAUCUUACAGUCACUCUUACAGUAAAUGUGAAACCCCAGAUAUACGAAAAUGCCGUGUCAUCAUUCCCUGAUCCCAAUCUGUAUUUACUGAGCAGCAAACAAGUGCUGACAUGCACUGUGUACGGUAUUCCUCAGCCUAAAAUUACGUGGAUGUGGUAUCCCUGUAGACAAAACCACUCCAAAACAAGGCAUGGCUUUUGCUCUUACACCGAAGGAUCUUUCAUCCUGAAAUCUGGGAGCAACAUAGGAAACAGGAUCCAGAGCAUCACUGAGCGAAUGGCUGUAAUAGAGGGCAAAAAUAAGACUGCUAGCACUCUUGUUGUAGCUGAAACCAAAUCUUCUGGAAUCUACAGCUGUGUGGCAUCCAAUAAAGUGGGAAAAGCUGAAAGAAACACCAGCUUUAUUGUAACAGAUGUACCAAAUGGAUUCCAUAUUAGUUUGGAAAAAAUGCCCAUUGAAGGAGAGAAUUUGAUAUUGUCCUGUUCGGCCAACAAAUUCCUGUACAAAGACAUUGCUUGGAUUUUACCGAGGACAGUCAACAAUCAAACAAAAGAAAAAAGGUCUCCCAACAAGGAUUAUUCCAUCACCCUCACUCUGACCAUCAAGAACGUUUCCCUGGCACACUCAGGCACCUAUGCCUGCCGAGCAAGGAACAUAUACACGGGGAAAGAAGUGCUUCAAAAGAAAGACGUUACAAUCAGAGCUCAAGAGGCACCAGCCCUGCUGCGGCACCUUAUGGAUCAGACAGUGAACACCAGUAACUCUGCCAUGUUGGAGUGCCAGGUUCGUGGCAUCCCUGAACCCCAGAUAUCCUGGUUUAAAAAUCACGAGGAAAUACAGCAAGAGUCAGGAAUAAUUCUAGGGCCCGGAAGCCGAAUGCUGUUUAUUGAAAGAGUAAAAGAGGAGGAUGAAGGCCUUUAUCAAUGUAUAGCCACCAACUUAAAAGGGUCCGUGGAGAGUGCAGCAUAUGUCACGGUACAAGGCACAUCGGAGAGGUCAAACCUGGAGCUAAUAACUCUGACCUGUACCUGCGUGGCUGCGACACUCUUUUGGCUUCUGUUGACCCUCUUCAUUCGCAAGCUGAAGAGGCCUUAUUCCUCUGAAAUGAAGACCAACCACUAUUUGUCAAUCAUAAUGGAUCCUGACGAAGUCCCCUUAGACGAGCAAUGUGAACGUCUGCCUUAUGAUGCCAGCAAGUGGGAAAUUGCAAGAGAAAGGCUUAAACUAGGUAAUAUUGACAUACUUCACUUUGGGUUUGCAGAGGUUGAAUAA